AAUGAAGCAGGAAUGAUGCACGAACCUCCUCCUGCAUGUGGUUCUGCACUAAAACUCCGCUCUCAGCAUGAGUGAAUCACAGCUGACUGGAAACGAUUUCACAAAUCCAGUGUGAGUCUCCACUAGAGAGGAGUUCACUGUGGAGCAGCCUGCAACAGAGAGGAGCUCCACACACCGUGCAAACACACGGCACUAGUCCCGUCCAAUCCAGGCAUUGUCCAAAAACGUUGCGUCAGUGAAACUGCUAUCCAACCAGGCAGCGGCUCAUCUGUGGGAUCCAGUCUUGACUCGAGAGGAAAGCAAGAAGGAGGGAAAGUAGAGAUUUCAGCUCGUCUGGAGUUUUGGAAAGAACAAAAUGUCUAAACCUAAUUACUCCGGCACGUUUCAUAUGGUGGAGCAGCAGAAUAUGGACGACUACCUCGCAGCUUUAGAUAUUAAUUUUGCUCUGAGGAAGAUUGUGUGUCUGUUGAAGCCCACCAAAGAGAUCACCCAUGACCCGGCCACGGGAGACAUGAAGAUCCGCACUCUCACCACCUUCAAGAACUUCAACAUGGAUUUCGUCAUCGGAAAAGAAUUUACUGAAGACCUGGGGCCAGUGGACGGCCGUACCUGUCAGACUACAGUGAACUGGGAAGGAGACAACCUGGUUUGUGUACAGCGGGGUGAGAAAGAAGGACGAGGCUGGACACACUGGCUGGAGGGCGACAAGCUGCAUUUGGAGAUGAGAGUUCAAGGUGUGGUUGCCAAGCAAGUCUUCAAGAAGGCUGAUUGAAGUAGCUGAAAAUGUGUUUUAGUGAAUAGCCUCAUUUUAUUCUUAAGAGAAUAUAGUUAAGGACUCGGUACAAUAUUUCAAUAAUGUGUGUAGUUUAAAUUAGUUAUAUUAAUUAUUUUGAAAUAUCACAAUAAUACUGAAUAUCUGUGAAAGUCCUGAUAUGUACAUGUUAUUGUUUGUAUUUGAUGGUACUAACUGGGAAAAGAGCAGUGGAGCAGAAUGACUUGUGUAAACAUUCCCAACAUACUUCCUCAUAUUGCACUAUCUAUCUCCACAAUGUUAUAAACAAAUCAUACAUCU